AUGCCUCUUGGGGCUAAUCCAGGAAGAUUGAAGACUUGGAAACCUGUUGUGGAUCGAGUCAAAGUCAAGUUGGCCAGUUGGAAAAGAAAGUUCUUAUCCCUUGCAGGAAGACUAACUCUUAUCAAAGCAGUUUUAUCUAGCCUCUCGGUAUACUAUCUCUCCUUAUUUAAGAUGCUUGAAGGAGUUGCUAAAGAGCUAGACAAAAUUCAAGCUGUUUUUCUAUGGGGUGGAUCCGUGAUUAAGAGCAAGAUUCACAUUGUUAAAUGGUCUGCAGUUACUAAAAGUAUUAUUAAAGGAGGGUUAGGCAUCAAGAGUCUUAGGGAUGUGAACGCCUGCUUGCUACUUAAGUGGUGGUGGAGGUUUGCCGGUGAUGAAAAGUUGUUGUGGAAGAGAGUUUUAUGUGGGAAACAUAACAUUCAGGGCAGCAAGUGGUAUCCAACUACAGAAGCCACCCAGAUGCAUUCCCGGGUAUGGAAGGAUAUUCUCUCGGUGGCAACUUACACCCCUGCCUUGCACAGUUUCUAUAUCAGCAAUACUUCCAUCUUGGUGGUUGAAUUAAGAAGGAGCCUACAUGAUUGGGAGGUAUGCUUCAAUAGAAGGCUCCGAGAUUGGGAGAAGGAAGAGGUGGUUCGUUUGGUCAAUUUGGUAAAUAACAUUUCGGAGUUAAGAGCUGAUAAGGUUGAUGCGUUAUGUUGGAGGGCUGAAAAAUUGGGGUGUUUCAGUGUAUCAUCUGUCUAUAGGUGGUGUGAAAACAGCCUACAACCUACAGAUUUUGGUACAAUCUCCAAGAUGAUUUGGCAGAGUGUCUCUACUCUUGGAGCAAAAGCUUUUGUGUGGAAUGGGGUGUUGUUUUCUGAGGUGCAACCUGAUCUGUUUGGUCUGUGUGAUAUAAUCAAAACCGGGAUUGCUUUGUGGGUAAGAGCUGCUAAUGUGAAGCUGCCCUUUUCAGUCAAUGAUUUUUGA